GACGGAGGGGGGAAGGGAUGCGGACCCCCGUCUCCUCUGUUCUAAAGGUAUGAUAAAGCUGUAUAGAAGUACACUAUGGUACAGUGCAGUGCACAGGACAUUACACUAUGGUAUGGUACAGUAAGGUACAGUACAGCAGGCCUACAGACAGAGAGAUAUGGAUGAGCCAGUUAUUUUGGAAACAAGUGGAGAGAUGAAGUUAAAAUCAAGCUCUUUUCUACGAUCACCAAAAACAUGUUACGAAGAAGAAAGGAGCAAAACUUCAACUGAUCUGUAGGAGGAGCGAGUCAAGAUCCCUCAAUCAGCAACUAGCAAACUGUGAUGUCCAUGAAAGGAUGUGUGGUUGUUAGACAGAGCAGACUUUGCACCAAAAGAUGGACUGUUUGAAGGGUGCAGUGCAGAAAAGCUCCAGUAGGUGGCACUACUGCACAAACAGAACAACUAUGGAAAACUGAAGCCCAAUAUUUAUAUUUCCCAAGCAGCCUGAUUAUAGUCAGUUAUUCAGGUGCUUCUCUUCUUUGAAAAUAAGGACAAAUAAACCAGAGUCCAUCAGUAAACCCACACAACUCAUAAUUAUUGUGUGUGUUACCUUGACAUUUUUUUUUUAAUGUUGUUGGAUUCUGACCUCUGGAUAUAAGGGACCACAAUGACUCAUCAAAACAGAGAGCAGUUUAGUUCGUUCUGUCAAACAGGAGCAUAUUCAUCUUUUUCACAGCUGGACCAUUCAGUGACUAAUGAUAAUCAACAUGUCAUAACAGCACAAGCCUCUCCUCACCCUCAUCCUCCAAACCAUAAUAUUACAAAUUUUAAGGAAUCCAAUAUUUAGUUUCACUUUCCUGUAAGUAUCUGUAACAGUGCAACAUCACUUCCUGUUGGCCGGAGGACAAAAACAUAAGAUCUGCACUCACAAGCAUCAGUAGCAGUAAAGUUGACCAGGCUGACGUGUUGUCCUCUCAAGCUUUUCUUUUACUGCACUGAUCAGCUGUCAGACUUUACUGAACCACCAGCACCACCGGCUCUGACAGGAUGGCUCUGGGAAGGUGGAGGUCUAACUUCAAGAGCGAAGCUGACGGUCUCCAGCGUGGAGACACCUGGAAUCUGGAGUUUGAUUCCAGUAUUAACCCCAGACGUCCUCAGCCCGGAUGGAAGGAGUACAUCACGCAGACCAGUGCAAGGUUUAGUUGCAGCCUGUGUGGAAAGCGCUGGUCCUCCAAUAAUGUGAUGGUGGUCUUCCACAUGCACCGGAAGGGCCGCACGGGCACUGUCAAAGUGAGGCGCUUUGGUCAGAAGUGUCAGAAAUGCAGCAAUGCCCCGAUGGAGGAUCCCAGCAUAAACAAGACGAACAUCUGCACCCUCAUGAGGAACCUGGUGAAAAAGAUUAAAAAUAAUUGCUACAAUGCAGCCCUGCAGGGCCGCGAAUACCCUUACAAUAAGCUUGUUGUCACAAGUCGCCACAAGCCUGCUCACUGCGAGGGAUGUAUUCAAGGCAUCUGUACAAAAAAUUGACCCGCGCUUCAUGAUCGUAAAUUUUUGUGCCGUUGCUUUUGGCAUCGAUUGUAACUCAGUUUCUUUUAUAAAAUCGAUCCUGGGGGGGAGGGGUGUGUUGUUUUGAAAUUGUAACAUGAGUUUUUGAAUUUGUUGCUAUGCUCUUAUUAAACUGCAAUUUAGAAAAAAACUAUCUCUUUCUCUGUCUCUCUACUGUUCUUAUGAUGAAACAAGCGUUUUUAUCAACUUAUUUAAAAUGAAAAGGUUGAGUAAAUCUAACUUAUCUUUCUAUUACCCUAAACAGCGGAGGCAGAGGUGUGGUGUAGAUAAAAUAUGUGCAGAUAUGAAAAAAGAGAAGUGUUUUAAGGAUGUAGAAGAAAUGUGAAUGUUGUGCAGAGGUCUUGUCUGUGCAUUAGUCGAUAUAAUCAAAACUUCUGUGUGUGAUGUAAAAUUAAAACAGUAGGCUUUGGUCUCCGGGCAUAAGUGACCAUGUUACCCAUGUAAACAAAGAGGAGUUACACUUUCAUAUUCUGUGUGUAAAUGUAUUUUUAUUUAGCUUUUUCACAAUAAAACGGCUUGAUGACUAUUUGGUGUUGACAUGGAGCUGAAUAACAUGACCCUUCAGUGCUCCUCCCUGGUCAUUAUCUAACCGAAAACUUAAGUUUCGUUUUCCUCUAACUGUUGGCAGGACGACAUCACUUUCAGUUUGCUGGACAGGACAAACAGCCCCAUUGUGCAAAAAGAGAAAUGUUGAACAGGCACAGGCAUCUUUCUCAUAAGCUGUUCAUUUAGUUUACACAUCAGCUGACUUUAGAGCCACCUGGACCACUUGUACAGACAGGAUGAAGCACACAAAUAAAAAAAUCCACCCUCAAAGUC